ACAGGAGCGCACUGGCAGGACGGGAGCCAGAUGACGAGGUUGGACACCCCCUUUAGCACCCUGCCGUUCCUGUCAUCUUUUCCUGACGCCACCCGGAUAUCGAGAGCCACGUGGGUCCAGGCUUCCGUUCCUCCGCACGGGAGCAUCUAUCCUCCCGGGCCCGCCGGGUCUCCGCCGAUGAGGACCUGUUGUUGGCCGGUUCGGCGCUGCUGCUGGUGUGCGGAUUGUUUUCUUCUUGGAUAAUUAUUCACCUUGACUCGGAUGCAAGGGCGAUCUCUGGAUAAAACCCCCAGUUGACGAGGAGACCGGAAUAAACCUCGAACACCGCCCGAGCGUGUUGGAUUUAAGACCACACAAUGAUUCAGUGUGCCAAUUGCGAAAAGCCGAUCUUGGACCGGUUCCUGCUGAAAGUUCUGGACCGGCCUUGGCACGUCGAGUGCGUGCAGUGCUGCGACUGUAAAUGCACCCUGACGGAGAAGUGCUUCUCCCGGGAAGGAAGGCUCUACUGCAAGAACGACUUCUUUAGGAGAUUCGGGACCAAGUGCGGAGGAUGCUCCCAGGGGAUUCUACCCAGCGACCUGGUCCGCAGAGCCAAGAGCAAAGUCUUCCACCUCAACUGCUUCACUUGCGUCAUGUGCAACAAGCAGCUGUCCACCGGAGAGGAGCUCUACGUCCUGGACGAACUCAAGUUCGUCUGCAAGGAGGACUACCACGGCAACGGCGGCGCCAAGGACGCCAUCCACCUCUCAGUGACCACAUGCAGCGAGCCCAGUCUGUCUCCGGACUCCCAGGACCUGCAGCAGGACGACGGCAAAGACUCGGAAGCGGGCCACCUGUCGGAUAAAGACGUGUGCCCCACCGAGAGCGACGAGCCGGGCGCCGUGGGGAAGAGACGCGGCCCUCGGACCACCAUCAAGGCCAAGCAGCUGGAGACCCUCAAGGCGGCUUUUGCGGCCACGCCGAAGCCCACCAGACACAUCCGGGAGCAGCUAUCGCGGGAGACCGGCCUCAACAUGAGAGUCAUUCAGGUGUGGUUCCAAAACCGGAGGUCCAAAGAGAGGCGCAUGAAGCAGCUGAGUGCUCUGAGUGCCAGGAGACACAUGUUCUUCCGCAGCCCCAGGAGGAUGAGAUCUUUGGGGGAGAGGAUGGACACGCCAGAGCUCGGCCAUUUCUCCUACUACGGGGAUUAUCCUCCCGAAUACUACGGCCAAGGCGGGAAUUACGAGUACUUCCAAGGCCCGCCGUCGUCCCAGGCUCAGACACCAGCAGACUUGGGAUUCGUGCCGUCCGCCGUCCCCGCCGGCACCCCGCUGGGGGCCAUCGAACACCGCCACCCCGGGCACCACUGUCCGGGAGAGGUGCAGUGUUUCCCCGACCCGGCAGCCCACCAUCCCAUGAACUCGCCCAGUCCGGAGCCCAGCGGGCCGGGUUCCAUGCAUAGCAUCUCCAGCGAGAUGUGUGGCCCCCCCACCCCUUUCACCACCGUCACCCUCGGCGACAACGGAUACACCAACCAGCUAUCGCAGCCCUCGUCAGAGGUGAGCGAAGGAACUGUGUGGUAAAGACUCACAUUGGAAGGCAAAUCAGUAUUUAUUUGAUUGAUUGAUUGACUGAUUGAUUUGAAUGUAUUUAUUUCUAUUUAAUGAGCAUCUCUACACAUGAAUGUCAUCGUCUGCAGUUGAUUGUACUCAAAAUGGGACCUCAGUGAUGGAGCAAUAAACACAUAUACACACAUGCACUGCAAUGGCUGACUUUUGGGGGUUAAGCCCCCCCCCCAAAAAAACAACAAUCAUUUGUAGAAAAUGCAUGUAAGCAUUUUGAAGCAUUUUUUAAAAUUGAACUCACCUUUUAGUAUUAAACAUUGUCCAGACAAUGUUGAAUGGAGGUUUUGGAUUAUGAUUAUGAUUAUCAUGUUCAUCACAUUUGACCAAAAAGCUCUCAGGACUGUGAAGUUCUUUUUUUUUCAUUGUUCAUUCCGUGUGAAAACCUCUGAGAAGGAUCUAUGGAAUGUCUAUCUAUAUCUGGGGAAUCAUUUACGUUUUUUUCUGUCCAAGCUGAUUGGGUCUUAAAGACACAGCGUCCUUAUUUGCAAUGUUGUCCAUCAUCCUCCAUCCAUAGGUGAGACAUGAAGACACGUCCUUCUCUUCUCUGUGUGUUGUAAAGAUAUGAAAACAGGUGAAAGGAGGCAGCCAAUGAAUGCACGUCAUGGGACACACCUAUUUGGCCUAGAAAGGCGGCUAUUCAAAGAGCUCCAAAAGAGCAUGUAGUAACAGCGACAUGGAUGCUAACAUGUCACGUGUAGUAUUUUAGUACAACUUCCUUCCUGGGUGCAUUGAUGUCCCAUAGCAACAUAGAAAGGAAGUCUACACCUAGCCUCCAAAACAAAAACAUGUAGCGUUACCUUUGGCUAGUGGCCUGAGGCUUUGGGAGCCAGUGUGUGCUCAAGCUAGCUGCUAGCCUAGUAGCUAGCCGCUGUGCUAACCUAGUUCUUGGGUGUAAGAUUGUUGAUAAAAAUAAUAAUAACAAUGUGCUUCAUAUGCAGCUCACAUGAUGGACGUGGAGCCUUGUAGGCUUUUUGGAGGUUUUUUCAGAAGCCUUUCUAGGCGGGAUAGGUACAUUCUGUGACGUAGCUGUCUCUUUUUACCUCUUUGUAUAUCUUUAGAAGGCUACUAAAAAAAGAGUCACACAUAAGGACUCACAACAUUCCCCCACAAAGUACACUUUUCCUGGACUUGAAAGGUGAGCGUGAAGAAGAAGAACAUCGUUUGGAUGGAAAGUGUGUCAGCUUGCAGUGCUAGCUUAGAACUGGACACACACACACAACGCCAAAUGAUGCAACGUUACAAGCCAAGAAGUCGUGGCUCAUUCUGUCAUUCUUGUGGUCAGGACAGAAGCUUUUAUGACGAUUGUUGGAAACGAGGUGAUGUUUUUGACCAUUUGCUGUAUGAUGAAUAAAAUCACCAUUAUUGUU